UUUGAUUACGAUUAACGUUACAUUGCAGUUUAACGCAUCAAUUUAAUAUACGUUAUACAUUAAUUAACAGCUUACUCACAAUAUGAUAACAUCCUUUUUAAUUACAAGUCACAUAUGUCUACUUAUUUUAACGAUGGCACUAUUUAUGAAACAAGACUUCAAUCCGCCUAUGCUUUCUAGGAAAUGGAUUGCUAUAAAGUUAAGACCGAAUAUGUUACUCUACAGUCGUGAUAACAUAAUAUAUAUUUUGGAGAGUGGGUUAUUGUUCAGAGAGGAUUGUGCGGAGGUUGAACAGGAGACACCAGUAGUGAUGCGGCAAGCUGGUGGCUGGUUGACAACUGGAGAGCAGGUUACAGCUGCUGCGUUGGUAGCAGCUUGUAUGAUUGUAUGUCCACCUCGGAAUUUACAGAGGUCCACGUUACUCCGUACAGCGACGUAUUUGUUGCUACCGGUUUGUGUGAGGUGGGCACACAGGAGACAAUGUCGGGGUCGUUUACCCGCGCUAUUGUCUCUCAUGCGCGACUAUCUCGCUCUCGCGCGCCGCGCUGCCGCCCUCUGCAGGGAAUAUACAGCACUACAUGCAAAACUGGAAUCGUUAUCAUCAAUUAUCGAGUCGACACACAUAAUGCUGUGUCGUCAGCAAAGCAGCCUGUCAGUGCUACUUGCGCGCGCCUCCUCUGCUGUGCUGGGUAACGCGCCAUGGCUCAGAGAUGACUUAGCCUGGGACGCGGUCACUAACCAAGAUACUGAUAAUUUAUUAAAAAUUCAUCACGCAUUCUUAGUAGUACAAUCUACAUUGCUUAGACAUAUCGCUUUGGCGCACUUUAUACCGCCAACACACGCCAGAAAAAUGUGCAAGAAUCAUAACGAACUUAUUUACUGGAUUCACACAACUCUCAUAGAAUAUCUAAUAGACGAAUUCAGAGAGAAUUAUAGUUCUCUAGAAAGAAUGUAUCGAUUACUUAAAAACUAUGGUGUUAAAGAUGAACCGAAGACAGGUAGAGUCGUCAAAGAUAGUUGGAUGUACUCUGAUGUACAUGCAGACAUAGCAAGAGCUUCUUUGGAACUCAAAUUAGCUUUAACUAAAUGUAAUAGCGUAGAUAUGUUCCUAGAUGCAUGCGCGAUGAAUAAACAAGAACUAAAUGUUGUAUUACUUAAUAAAGAUAUUGACGAUCUUAUUGACAAUUUAACAAAAUGUCUGGCGACUACACAGAAUUCACAAAUAAGAUUAAAAAAAUUGCAUAGAAAAUUAGACGACGAUAAUCUAAAAGUUGACAGUACUGUUAUAAACGAUGAGGAAGAAAAGAUUUUGAAAAUAGAAGACAAAGAACCAGAGACAAAAGAUGAAGUUUUUUAUUUUGUUAAAACAGAAGACGAUAGUGUCACACAAACAGCUGAAGAUGUCACAACAGGGCCGGGGAAAAAAGAGAAGGAAGCUUCCAAAUUUGUUUUAAAUGAAUUGAAAAGGAAAUUAGUGAAAAGAGAAGAUGUGAUGAGGGAAAGAGAAAGACAGGCGCUGGCAAAAACGAUGCCAGAACUCAAAGUGGUUCCCGAAUUCCCUCGACAAAUAAAACUUGAAGAAGUUUUAGACCGAAAAGGUUUUAUAUCAAAAAUAUUACGAAAACAAAAGAAAAAAACGAAACUGAAACCAAUAAAUAAGCAACAUUUAUUAAUAAAACGAAAUAAAAAAUCAUGCGGUGUUUUUAAUAAGAAAUACAUAUUGAAAAAUAAAUUUUAUAUGACGGAGAAAGACAUUCCGGGAUAUAUUUAUAUAGCAAAUGCUAAUUUAAAAUUGAAGUCCAAAAUAAUCACAUUUACUGCAUGUAAACAAUUUAUUAUUAUAAUGAGAUGGUGUAGAAAAUCAAAACCGAUAAAACAUAAAGAACACCAUAUCGGCGAACCAACAAACAAUAAUUCACCGGUUAAUUUCAAAGUUUCAAAGAAAGAUUUAGAAUUGUCUUCAUCAGAAAGUGAAUGUGACUUCGAUCAAAUAGAACGAGGGGAUAUUUUGAAAGACAUUCGACGGCACAGAGUGAAAAAGAACGCGACCAUAGACACAGCAGACGAAAGUUUACAGCCCAUAGAGUAUAGUUUGGGUACUGGAUUGGCUAUGGCGUCAGUGUUACAGAUAAAUAGCUUCGCUAAUAGACCCAAUAUGGCGGAAGAAGAGUUUAUUGGUGAUGGUGAAGUCUCAGAUGACAGUGGAAAUGAUGAUUAAAUCAAAAGUUUCCAAGAUAUAAAAAAUAUUACGCUUUGAACAUUUGAUCUUCGACGCUUUUUUUAAUCUUACUAAAAUUAUAAAUG